CGCUAAACUGUUGAGCCACCCGGGCUGCCCUCAAAAGUACUUUUUAAGAGAACCUAGAAUCUCUUGGUGAUUGGAGAGCGAUUAUAAUUACCAUGGAAACAGGAUAAACAACUCUGAAGUCAGUUGCCCCGAACUCUGAAUUCUAGGUAAAUAGAAAAUUAAAACGACGAAAUCACCAUCGCUGCCUUUCUUCUUCAUGCCUAAAAAAGGAGGAAAUGGCAGUCCGUAAAACGGAUUUCAAAUGCAGAUUGUUCGACUGAGCUCGGUCGGCCCCUGACUCCCGGCGGCUGACCGCGACGGCUGCGGUGGGCGGGGCCUGGUGUUUCCAGGCAGAGAGCGGCGCCAGGGUGAGGGGCUCGGAGAAGGAGGAGGAGCAGGGGCCGGAGGAGGAGCCGUGUGCCCAGACACCGAACGCCAUGGCCUACGCCUAUCUCUUCAAGUACAUCAUCAUCGGCGACACGGGUGUUGGUAAAUCAUGCUUAUUGCUGCAGUUUACGGACAAGAGGUUUCAGCCAGUGCAUGACCUGACUAUCGGUGUAGAGUUUGGCGCUCGAAUGAUAACUAUCGAUGGGAAACGGAUAAAACUUCAGAUAUGGGAUACGGCAGGGCAAGAGUCCUUUCGUUCCAUCACGAGGUCAUAUUACAGAGGCGCGGCAGGGGCGUUACUAGUGUAUGAUAUCACAAGGAGAGAUACAUUCAACCACUUGACAACCUGGUUGGAAGAUGCCCGCCAUUAUUCCAAUUCCAACAUGGUCAUUAUGCUUAUUGGCAAUAAAAGUGAUUUAGAAUCUAGAAGGGAAGUAAACAAAGAGGAAGGGGAAGCUUUUGCACGAGAACAUGGACUUAUCUUCAUGGAAACUUCUGCUAAGACUGCCUCCAAUGUAGAAGAGGCAUUUAUUAAUACAGCAAAAGAAAUCUAUGAGAAAAUCCAAGAAGGAGUCCUUGACAUUAACAACGAGGCAAAUGGUGUUAAAAUUGGCCUUCAGCACGCUGCUGCUACUAAUGCCAUACAUGUAGGCCAUCACGGAGGACAGCAGGGCGGGGGAGGCUGCUGUUGAGUCCACCCUUUUUACUGUCUCGCUGCCCAAAUUCGGCUUCUCACUUCCUCUCACUCUCCCUUGCUCAGCUGAGACCUGAAACUAUUCGAAAUGGCUUUAUGUCACAAGGCUUUAAUCCUUCGAAUUGUUGUAUAACUUUGAAUAAAUGGUUAAUGUUCACUUAAAAA